CCGACAGGUGGGGCCCGGCUGGUAGUAUGGUCUUACGGUCUACUGGUUAGUCGAGUACUCGAAGACUUGGCGUCGCGCGGCGGUCGCGGCCAUAAAGAAACCCCAGGCGCUGAAACCGGCCUUCGUCUCCUUCGGUUGUUUUGCUCUCUCUCUAUCUCUCUCUCCCGUGCCAGCGUCCUCUCUCCUCCUUGCUCUCUUCUGCGCCCCCGCGAGAGCGAGCUCACGAGCGCAGCACCCACAGCGCCACCGCGCAUGGGGGAGCACGCGGCGGCCGAGCCGGGCCGGCGGCCGGCGCAGCAGCAGUUUGCGGGUGUCGACCUCCGCCGGCCCAAGGGCUAUGCCGCCGCUGCGGCCGCUCCCGCGAAGACGCCUGCAGCGGCUCCUGUGGCUGCAACGGCGGCGGCGGCGGCGGCGGAGGGGGAGGCUUGCCCGCGGUGCGAGUCGCGGGACACCAAGUUCUGCUACUACAACAACUACAACACCUCCCAGCCGCGCCACUUCUGCAAGGGCUGCCGCCGCUACUGGACCAAGGGCGGCACCCUCCGCUGCGUCCCCGUCGGCGGCGGCACCCGCAAGCGCGCCUCGUCGUCAAACACCUCCGCCGCCGCUGCCACCGUCAAGCGGCAGAAGCCCUCCAAGAAGCGCCGCGUCGCGCCGCCCGAACCACCCGCCGCCGCCUCCUCUGCCGACGACGUUCCCGCCCCUGACGCCGACGCCGCUGCCAAGACGACGACGACGCCACCGACCGAGGCCGCGAGCGAGAUCACGACGGAGCUGGUGGUCCCCGCGGCGGCGGCGGCAGAGGAGGACUCCUUCACCGACCUCCUCCAGGAGCAGGGCGGCGGCGACGACGCGGUGGCGCUGGACCUCGGGUUCUCCGACUACGCGUCCGCCGUCGGCAAGGCCGCCGGCCUGGGGGACCCGUACUCGUUCGAGUGGCCGCCGGCGUUCGACCUGGGCGCGUGCUGGAGCGGCGCCGGGUUCGCCGACCCCGACCCGACGGGCGUGUUCCUCAACCUCCCUUGAUGCACCGCACGCAUCAGCAGCACGGUUAAGCUGCUCAGGGCGGAGCCUCAGGUGUGGGUUUUUGCGAACCUGAUGAUCGAUCGAUAGUUUCGAUACGCUUCGGGAUUAAUCAACUGAGUACUGGUAUUACUGCUACUACAUGAGCGCAUGGAUGUGGUAUAUGAUAACGAUGACCUUAAUUCUAAUUAGCUUUGUUGAGAUUAGCGGCCGCGUUUUACUCCGAGUGCGUGCUAACUCAGAAAGCAGGCUUUGAGACGAGAUGAGAUGUGCUUGUUCAUCAUCUCUGUAUAAACAAAAAAAAAACCAAGGCUUGAGGAGCUCGGGGGACCGCUUGUUCUUGCAUACACGGUCCUCCCUCCGUUUCGUUGAUUCCUGCCGUUCUUUCUUUUCUUGUUGUUGGAAAAAAGGGCUUUCGCAUGGAUGGAAUGUAUGGAUGGAUUUCCCCCCUCGGUUAAUGUAUGGACAGCUGCGUGGAGAAUGUUUUCAUGUUCCUA